AUGGGGAGGCAUGAUGUCGGCGGUAGCCAAAGGCUUGGAUAUGGCGGUGGCAUGCAUGGCUACAUCUUUUUGAUGAACAAUUAUCGACCCGGAGACCGCAUUUGUUUGUUUGGAUUCUCCAGGGGCGCGUACACGGCUAGAUGUCUUGCCGGUAUGCUACACAAGGUCGGCCUGCUGCCCAAGGAUAAUCAGGAGCAGGGGUCGAUAAUACCGAGGCACCUUCCGUUUACUAGCUCGAAUUCGAUCAUCAAGACGUUUCGACAUGCUAUCGCCUUGGAUGAACGUCGUAGCAAGUUUAAUGUCAACACGUGGGCCAAGCAAGUUAUUGAAGAGGACAAGCCCAAAACCACGAACCGUCGUCAAAAGACGUGGUAUGAGAUAGAACGGGAGAAUUCCGAUCAUUAUGGAAGGAAUGAGACUGACGUCCUCGAAGUUUGGUUCGCGGGCACUCAUGCUGGUCAGUCCUGCUUCCUACAGAAGUUAUCUCGAGCUGAUAUUCCAAACAGACGUCGGAGGUGGCGAAUGCAAGGACGAACGAGUCCAUUCGCUGUCGAAUAUUUCGCUACGGUGGAUGCUCGCUCAGAUAGCACAGUCGCAGUGUGGAAUUCUCUUGUCGAUGCCUAUGAACCCAGAUACUUUCCAGACCCCGCCUCGUCUACUGUCAAGUUUGUCGACGAACCAGGGUCCUAUGACGAUACAAGGCCAUUGAUCGGGAGCGCAAAGUCGUCCAGCUUUUGGGAUGGAAAGCUAACUCAAGCGACUCGUAGAUGGUCACCAGGCAGCACUAGGCAGAGCACGCAGUCUAGCCCUUAUAUCCCUGCAGUAGUGCCCUCCACUCGUGGCCCUUUCCAUAUGCUUUGGGAAACAAUGUUCCCAACAGAUCUGGAGAUUCCCGAGCCCAAUGACCACACCUUUGACGAUCAUUACCGAAUGACAAGUCACGAGCUGGAUGCCGAGGAUGCCUUGGAGCCGCUCCAUGACGAGAUGAUGUUGAGAAAGGCCUGGCUGAUACUCGAGUUGAUGCCGAUGAAACGCCUAAUUUGGGCCGUGCUCGACGUAUUGCUGCCCAUCCUCCACCCAACAUUCACCACACUUGAGGACCCUGAGCAAGCGAGGGGCCCAUCGUCAGAGAGAGAAUUUCGUACCACCGCGGAGCUCAUCGAAGGCAUAAACAACCUCCGGAUCAUACAGGAAACGAACGAAAAGAAAUUUCAACAGGAAAUGUCGAUGAUUCAACAACGGCAGAGCGCAGAACUCACUACGCUGCUGGCCGAACUCAAGACAUCACAAGAGAUGUUUGAGAAAUUGACGGUCGAACGAGAGGUGCUGAUACAACGACUGCGUCAACUUGAAAAUGCUCCGAAGAACGGUGCCACUGCCCACUCGAGGCCCUCCGCUCUCCCACUUGGCCCUCCAUCCACUCGAACCCUCAGCUUUGUGCAGACAGUGCUGGGUAUCCACUAUGAGCCGUUAGGCCUGAUGCCGUCUGCGCAUCAAGAACGAGCCCGUCCCACACGGCAGAGCGCACUCCAAAAGGACAAGAUACUGCUGAGCGACAUGAAGGAUGAUUCCGCGACCGAGAAGGAGAAUAAGAGGUCGAGCAAGCGACAGAGACCUGCCAAGGGGGCAGGCGCGCUCGCGGGCGCUCACCUAGCUUCAGGUGACGCUCCCCAUGGGACGGCUAUUGGUGGUGGUGCUCUAGGAGGUGCUGGUAUCGGCAUGAAUGGACCGGGUACUGAGGAGGGCUCGAUUCCAUUGGUCGCUAAAUCGGGCACGCGUAUCCGACUUAAGCCCAUUGCACAUCCGAAGGUCCAGGCCGACGAUGAAAUGUCGAAUGCUGACCUGAGUAUGAACGAUAACGGACUCGAUGAUAGCCUGGUGGGUGUCAAGGCUGGCGCAAAGCGAGCUCGAUCGCCCUCGUCGAGUACGCAAAGUCCCCAAAAGCCGGCAAAGAAGCGAAAUACGGCGUCGACCGCGGCCAGGAACAAGAUUAACAUUCCGAUCAUUCCGAGAGGACAGGAGGGAAAGCCCCUGUUACCGAUGCAGGUUGGCAUGUUUACCCUUAGGGACUUGGGGAGAAUCAUAUCGUCGGAUGAUUUGGCGACUCCCAAGUCGCUCUAUCCCAUUGGAUAUCAUUGCGAGAGACGAUGGUUUAGCACCAUCGAUCCCAAGGCCUUGGUUACCUACCAGUGCUUUAUUGAAGAGGGAAAGGACCCUCAGCAUCCCAUCUUUUCUGUGCAGCCAGAGGAUGCUCCACGGGAAAGUGGUCACUCGGCGACUGCUGCGUGGUGGAACAUCUAUAAAGAAGGGCUACGAGUAAGGAACCAACCCGAACAAGCGGUCGUGAAUGGAGACGAAAUGUUUGGAUUGUACGAUAAUGUCGUCAAGGCUCUUCUUCAGGAGCUUCCUGGGGCCGCAGAGGUCAAAAAUUAUGUAUGGAGGACAUUUAUCGAGGGAGGACCUGGCAGCAAGCGACGAAAUACAGCAAAUGCUGUAUAUCAUAUAGAAACUCCUGUCAUUCGACAUGCGGACGGAUGGGUAGAGGCUACUGAUCCCAAGCUUGGAAACGGCAAUCUUGACGCUGAUGGAGAAAGUGACAAGGGCGUGUCACUACCGAGCAUUGCCGCCUUGACAUGA